ACCCAGAAAGGUACAAACCAUGGCGUCCGUUUAUCCGGCUGCACCCUUAGAGGCUCCCAAAGGAUCCGGUGAGUCGGUGCCGGAGCAUCAGCAACUUCUGCCUCCGGCGCCGCCCAGUUACGACCAGGCCACAACGAUUCCGGCAGAGACCACAGGUCCAGAUGGAGUUACUCCGGCAGCAACUGCAACCACUCAGCAUACGGUCGUUGUGGUUCCUGGGUCUCCCUACGGCCCGGAACCCAUGGACGUGCAGUGCCCCCAUUGCCACAAUUACGCCCGCACACGCGUCUCCUACAGACCCAACUCGCGCACCCACCUGAUUGCGUUGAUAUUGUGCCUCUUCCAGUUGUACUGCUGUGUGUGCCUGCCGUAUUGCAUUUCCAGCUGCAUGAACACGAAUCACUACUGUGGCAUGUGCGAUCGUUACUUGGGCACCUACGAUCGCAAGUGAGCAAUUGAGGAGUUUUCGUUUGAUCGUUCUGUUCAUGCCAACACAUUUUCUUCAAGUAGUUAGUUAAUAAAAGGUCUGCAACAUGCAACUGAACCAUAUUAAAGUAUUUCAUAUUUAUAGCUGGUAUUUCAAAGCUUUAAAGUUGCUUAGAAUGCAACAAAAAACAUAUCCGAUUUAAUUGGGUUGCAUUAGUAAAAACCCAUUUUAAACCAGUUUUGCUGUUAUUGUUUUUAAUCGUAUUUUAAAUAACUGAAAGUGGAAAAACAAAUGUAUGUAUAUCCUAAAAUAAAUAUUUUUGCUCCUUA